AUGAUAAAGGAAAGUGUCACAAAUUUGCGAGCCAUAACAUCUGACACUUUCCCAAACUAUAAUCUCUCUCACUCCUCCACCUUCUUCCUCAUCCUCCUGCUCUUCAUCUCUCCAUCUCUCUCAACCCCACAAGAGCAAUCACCUCACAGCCCCCAGCAGACCUUCAUCAUCCAUGCCUCAUCCUCCCACAAGCCCUCCCCCUUCUCCACCCACCACCACUUGUACUCCUCCCUCCUCCAUUCCCUCCCACCCUUAGACCCUCCUUCCCAUAUCCUCUACACUUACCGAGCCACCGCCGACAGCUUCUCCGCCCACCUCACAGCCCCCCAGGCCGAGGCCCUCCGCCGCGCCCCCGGGGUCCUCUCUGUCGUCCCAGACCGCACCCACCUCCUCCACACCACCCGGACCCCUCACUUCCUCGGCCUCACCGAGAGCACCGGCCUCUGGCCGAAUUCCGAUUAUGCGGACAACAUCAUAAUCGGGGUUCUCGAUACCGGGAUCUGGGCCGAGCGGCGGAGCUUCUCCGAUUCGGGCCUCUGUCCGGUCCCCAGUGUCCACCAGUUGCUGAGGAUGACAUUUCACGGAAAUGUUUCACCUAUAUGUAUGAAUAAGAAGUUUCAGCAGAAGGCAUGCCAUGAGUUGGACAACGAAUAA